AUGCCCAGCAAAGGCGUCGAAAACUGGGAUGAUGACGACGAGUUCGCCGACAUUGACGAAUCGAACUUCCUGAUAUCCUCGGUAUCAUCAGCUGGAACACAGGAAGGAUUCUAUCAAAUGCCUGCUUCAGCCACUGAUGCUGCUUUUUCAGCCUCAAACUCCGAGUCGCUCAGAUCAAGUAACCUGCGAGGACACGCCAGCAGACCCAGCAACCUAAGAAGUUUCAGUGAAGCAGAUGAAAACGAUGAUUUCUCGAAUGAUUUCGACGACCUAACCACAAAAAUGUCUAAGAUUGAUUUGGCGAAACUUCAGGGAGCGCGUAAGCCAAGUAUAGACUAUUCGACAAUUACUGGAACUAUUACUGGCACUGUUCGGCGCCUUGGAGGUAGUGGUAGCUCAGCUUCAAGUGGCCCUGAACAUUACGGCGGUGCGUUCCGUGAUGAUAUGGAUAUGGAUUUGGAUGGUGAAGAUAUUCAAACAAUUCGAGUAGCGUCUGGCAGAAAGAUCAGUAGUAACUCUAUGGCGGUUCCCAGGGUGAGCUCAAACGCUAGAUCAAAUAGUAGGAUGCUAAUAUCGGGCGACUUUUAUAGACCACCAGAACAAAUCGAAACGGAGAAUAAAAAUAGGAAGAAAAAUAUUUCCUUUGAUAAUGAUGAUGAAAUUAUAUUCGAUGAUACAGAAAAUUUGGCAGACAGAUUUACACGUGUCAAGAAUAAUCGUCAAAUGGAAGUUCCUGGUUCCUUGGAUGAUAGCCUCGACGACAGCUUUGGAUUCGGAACUGAAUCGCGUCUGUCAACAUACUCGCUGACCACUUCUGCUACAAGUUAUACCGAUAAUGAGGAAGAUGAUGACGACUUCGGAUUUUCUAAGGAAGCCGGAGAUUUGUUCGAUAAACCCAGUGUUCUUCAACAGAGAUUAAAAGAGGUACGUCAUCAGAAUGAGCUGGAAUCUGAACGUGACCGAGAACUUUUGGCCAAGGGUAGAAAGUAUGACACUAUAAGAAGCAAUGGGUCGGGGAAUUCUAUAAAAGCCAAUUUCAGAGACAAUGACAAUACUAUUACUAAUAAACAAGUCUUGGUCGAUUUUGAAGAUCCGGAUGAAGAUUUAUUACAAGGCUUUGAUCUGAAACAAGGAGAUGAUUUUAUCUCUACUAAAGGAACUCUGCACAGAAAUGUGGUUAUUAAAGCUACCAAUCAAAGGACGGGCACAUCUCCUCAGAAAAAAGCUCCUCGGGAAACUCAAUCAAUAGCUGAUUUCAAGGCUAUAGGUGCUGUUCCCGGUGGUCCUGAUUAUAGCAGUGUUCGUGUGAAAAAAUCCAUGCCAGUGCUGCGGCCUCCAAUCAAUCAAAAGAUCUCUAAUGGAAGAGGAACGAAUAUUGCUGGUUCUACUUCUCCUCAGAGACCACGUCCUACACAUCAUACAGAACGAAGAGUUUCUGGUAAUGUGGCUAGCGGGUCGCCUCCCAAGCAAUUUAUUCGAGCUAGUAAUCCCAGACCGCCAAGUAGGAAUCAGGAUAUGUUCGAGAAUGAGGAUUAUGGAAAUCUUACCAUCGAUGCCACAUCAACCUUAGCAAUGAAACCAGGUCAAUUUCAGCCAAAACGACUGCGUCCUGUCCAGUCUAUGUUGACUAUGCAGCCUCAAGAACAAUCUAAAGCCAGCAGACAAUUUGUAAGGCCACGAAGGGGUCCAACUUUCGAACAAGAUGUACUGGACCAAUUCGACGACUUGGAUGUUGAUUUUGAAACAGAAAGCAGGUUUGUAGCGACUCCAAAGUCUAAGGGGCAUUUAUACUCUGGUACGGUAAAUAAUACCUCUGUCAAGCAUGUGCCUCUAGACACUUUCCGUGAGAAAUUUCGACCAAGGAAAUUAAGAGAGAAAGAUCCAGUACAAAAUUCCCAGUUCUCUCCUCAAUACCAAAAUCAGACGCCACCUCAGCAUCAACAUCAACAACACCCAUCGACAGUGCGGUCACCAACAAAAUCUAGCUUACUAAAAGAUAAUUCUCAAAAGAAGAGGGGUCCCAAACGAAGAGGACCAGGAUUAAUACGUCAUCUCGGAGUCCCAAUUGCAUCUGAAGAGUCAAAUGGGAUGCAUUUUAAUCCUACAAAACUUGUGUGGGAAGGAAAUGAUAUUGAACUGAAAAAGUUUGAGUCUGUGAAUCCUAAAACGCCAGGUCUUAUUGCAUUUAUUUCCAACAAGGGCCAACAAGUGGUUGGAGAUAUGGUGUUUGAUCCUGACAGAUUGUGUUGGAUCAACAUCAAGGACGAUCAUAGCGACCCAUUCGAGGGAUUGGAUGAUUUAGAAGUUUCUAGCUCCAUUGGCGGAAAGCAUCAUAAUAAUGCUGCGGUCGCAUCCGCAGCUGUCACAGCUGCAGAGAAACUCGCAAGUUCCAUUGGAGGGGACUUUGCAGUUGGAAAUGAGUUCAACCUAAGCGCCAAGUUUAUAGAGAAAAUGAAGCAUGAAGACGACCGUUGGGCUCGGAAAACCAAAGGGUGGUUUUCUCCUAAUGAACAGAUUGACCGUGAGUUCCUCAAAGAAAUCAGAUCAAUGGUAAUGAGAUGA